GUCAUGCAUCUCGGGACUUGAGUUGAGUGCUCCAUAUUGGUCUCGCUACAUGCGGGGCGAGACUGCGCUGUACCUAUAAGCAGCAUCAUGUGCCACUAUAGCCGGGUCUCGUUUCAAGAACGGCAGACGCUUACUACCUCUCCUUCGCCAUUACUGCCACCACUAACCCACAGCGACCAUGGCUGACACACACCCUUCCACCAACGGCGCAACCACCACGUCCCCACACGAAACCUCCGAGCAAUGGGGUGCCCUCCGCCCCGUCACACUGGACGCCAAUGGCGUCCUCAAGACACCUCACGGCGAUGUCAAACCCAACUUCGGCGCCUCACUCCCCGAUACCGAAGAUAGAGGCGCUGACUCGGAACCGCUUCGCUCAUGGCAGAAGCGCAACAAUAUCGACACUUCCGCGCAGGUCAAGCUCGUCAAGCUGGUGCAUAUGCGAUAUCAACAUCCAGACUUGGAAGAGAUCACGACCUUCCUCCGAGACUUCGGAAUGCACAUUGCCAAGCGAAGCGAAGACGGCAACCAACUCUGGUUCCGAGGCUACGGGCCAGACCAAUACGUGUACUACGCCCAAAAGGGUCCCAAGAAGUUCCUAGGCGGCACGUACUCGGUCGAAAGCAUGGCGGAGCUAGAGAAGGCGGCGAAGAUUGAGGGAGCGGGCCAGAUAGAAGAACUCAAGGACGCACCCGGCGGUGGUCACCUUCUCACCCUCACCGAUCCCGAGGGCUUUCUCGUGAAUCUCAUGUACGGCCAACAACCUGCUCCAACGGACAACUACCCGCAGAAGGUGCUCAUCAACGACGAAACGGACAAGCCUCGUGUUCGCAAAUUCAAUCGCUACACCCCCGGCCCCGCCGCCGUGCACAAACUCGGCCACUACGGCCUCUGCGUGACAGACUUCGCGACACUGCUGCAAUGGUACACGCGCAACUUCAAUCUCGCGCCCACGGACUUCCUGUGGGUGCCGCAAGAGGGUACGGACAGGAAGGACGUCGCCGUCUUCGCGCACAUCGAUCGCGGAGACGAUCCGGUCGAUCAUCAUACUUUCUUCAUGUCGACGAAUCCGACGAGCCACGUGCAUCAUUGUAGCUUCGAGGUGCAUGAUUAUGAUACGCAGCAUUUGGGCCAUCAGUGGCUGGGGAGCAAGGGGUAUACGAGUGUGUGGGGGAUUGGGAGACAUAUCCUCGGGUCGCAAAUCUUCGAUUAUUGGUGGGACACGACCGGCAACAUGGUCGAGCAUUAUACUGAUGGCGACCUUGUCAACCAGCAUACACCGAUUGGAUGGAGCGAUGCGAAGGAUGAGGCGCUUGCGGUCUGGGGUCCCGAGGUGCCGAAGUGGUUCUUGGAGUAGUCUGUUCGAUGCAUGUAGAGCAAGACGCCUUUUGAAUGGCCCAUCUUGUACAUCGUCGCGCCAUCAGCCAGCGCGCUCAAGGUGCCCACGAUGCGGCCGCAGUUCGGCCGCCCUGCCGAAGUUCGUAGCA